UAUAAGGAACUUUUGAGAAUUUGUCAUAAUUGGGUAAGACACGCAGCGUUCGUGUCAUUAUGACUCAGACAGAGGAAACUUGCUUAGACACAACUACCGAGUGGUCGCUUCACUCAGACCAGACCUUGUUUCACACUCUCGUCUUACAUCUCAAGACACAAUCAGCAAACUAGUCAGUUCUCAACUCUGAAACUACGCUCCGGCUCUUUCUGUUAAACUACCAUGACAUCCAAUAGCAGUUCACAUCACUGCGGUAAUUCAACUCAGGACCUGGUGGCAAAUGUCCUUCCUCCUAUACUCAUCAUUGAGCUGUUACUCGGCCUGCCUGGCAAUGUCAUGGCACUGUGUAUCUUCGGCAAGAACUUUAGGACUUGGAGGGCAAAUGUCAUGUUCCUGUUCAACCUGGUUUUGUCUGACUUUCUGCUACUCAUCAGCCUACCCUUCCGCAUCGACAACUUCAUGCGUGGCGAGAAAUGGAUAUUUGGAGACGCCUGGUGUCGGAUCAACCUGUUCAUGCUGUCAGUCAACCGUUCAGCCAGCAUUGCCUUCAUGACCGCCGUGGCUGUUGACCGCUACUUUAAAGUGGUCCAUCCACAUCACAAAAUCAACUACAUAAGCACAAAACAAGCAGCCGGGAUUGCCUGCUUCAUCUGGGUUGUUGUGAUAUCCCUAAGAAUCCCUUUGCUGGCCAACAAACUUCUGUACAACAUCUCUUUUUGUAGGAGCUUUAGCAACUAUGAGAAACCAUCACUAGGUAUCCAACUGCAUUAUGUCGUCUUUAUCUUAGAGUUCUUUCUGCCUUUAUUACUCCUGGUCUUCUGCUCCAUGAGUAUUGCAUGGAUCCUACGUACACGCAAGAUGGACAAGGACAAGAAAGGGAAAAGGGCAGUUCGGACUGUUCUGGUGAUCGUUGGGGUUUUUGUCCUUUGCUUCUUUCCCAGCAUUGGCACAGGAUUGAUGGCACUCUAUUUAAAAAAGCUUGGAGAAAAGUACUGUGAUGCUUACACAUUCACCAGUCAGUUGUUUUCUACAUCCAUAGCCUUCACUUAUCUGAACAGUGCUCUGGACCCGAUCAUCUACUGCUUCUCCAGCUCUAUCUUCCGAAAUUAUUUGAAACGUGUCGUCAACCGAACUGGAAUCAUGGAGCUACAGAUGAGCCGACGUGCCAGUAUGCCCAGUGGAAGUGACUGAGAGUGGAUUGGGGAUUGAUGAGCAUUGGACAGUGUACAUACUGCUAAAUAUACUUUUAUUUUUUCCAUCAUAGUUUUGUCAAAUUCUCCUUUUUAAAACAUAUACAAAAUAUUGUAUUGUAUUUUUUUUUACAUAGAUUUUUAUACAGAUGCAUUACAAAGUUUUAUAAUACAUCUUAUACAUUAUCUGACUUAAAUAUAGUAAAUAUAUGAUAAAUGCAAAAGUGUCACAAGAAUGAUAAUAAAAAUAAAUCACAUUUUUAGAA